UUAACAGUACAGUUCAUUGUGUUUGCCAUCAACGAAGGUUAUGUGGAACUCGGAAGUAUCUGGCAAAAAAUAUACAAACGCAGUGCUAGUAAAUACUAAAUCGAAAGUUAAGAGACCUGUCUGCAAACUGAAAAUAAAGAAGAGAAAAAGAAGACUUUACUCAAGUCGGUGUAGUGUUGAACAGUGAAUAUGAUUGGAUUAGUGUUGUGUAUUUUAGGGAAACUAUGUGAACUGGCAAGAACUACAAAUUUAGGCGUCGUUAAGGAAACUUUAAACGUUAAUUAUGUGGAAAAAUCUAAAAGGAAAGGAAACAGGCAACGUAAAAGACGACGUAGACGACGAAAAGGGCCACCGCCGCGGCUGGGCCUGAAGGCGGCAAGCCCCGGCGUCGACGAGGACUGCAACAGCAACACCAGCCUCGCCGGCAGCCAGCACUCGGCCGACGACCUCGACGCUCACUGCGACAACUCCGGCUACCUCUGGUUCCUCGACUACAACCCGAUAUUCCGCGACGGCUCCUGCCACCACACGUCGGUGCUGUCCUCCGUGUCGGCCUCCUACAAGGGCAUCAGCGACCUCGCCUCCCGCUUCGAGUUCACGUCGCGCUACAACGACAUCGCGCGCGACCUGGACGCCAACCUCGCCGAGGCCGACAUGGAGAGCUUCAAGACUGAAGACAUCCACGCCCUGCUCAUGACUGCCAACCUUCCGCACGACACCAUAACCGAUGUCCGAACGCAUGACAGUAACCCGCGAGGCGAGAUGUUCGCCAGCAUCUCGAGUUCUCUCAUGGAAAAGUUUCGGUUCGACAGCUCUCUCAGUGGCAACAGUAGUUUUCAGGGCGAAGAGUCCGUCGGUUCCAUCAACACGAUGUCGAUCUGCAAGUCGGAGCUGCUGUUCUCUCCGGUGAAGGAGCACGGCGUGCACUUCAGCGUGGACAGCCUGGACUGCUCGCUGCCGGCGGAGCAGGACCUCAUCCUGACGUGCCAGGCCAACAAGGACAACUACACCAUCGCUUUCGAGGGCAGCCUCACCGUUUACUCCGAGGACAGCGAGUGUCACGAGUUUGCCGUCAAUCAAAAACAUGACAAAUUGGAUAAGCAAGAAGAUAAUGCAACGCUAGAUGAAAGAACACGCAGGAAUUUAGAAUUAUUAGAAAGAUGUAAGAAACUAACCAAUAAGCUAACUACUUCUAUGGCUAGGAGCGAUUUAGGAUUAACUACUUGGAGUAAGCUUAAGAAACAGACCAACCAUUCGCCUUUAAGAAGGCACCCUUCAGGGAACAACAAUGAGGAUUCACAUGAAGCGACCGAUGCCACAAGUGAUAUGAGCAACUCGGUUAUCAAGAGCCAAAGUCUGCCAAACCUGUACAGAAGGAAGAUUAUGAGCAGUUCCAUCAACUCGGCUGCUCUCAGCAACUCAACGGUCGACUCUUUCACCACCAAUCAAAGGUUAAUGGGUACUCCGACCUGCAUGAAAGUGUACGAUGUAUCGCAACACCGUUCUACGCACGGAAGUCAGCAUUCGGAACCAAUGAGUACCUCCUCUACCGAAAACCAGUCAUCUUCAGACAAAAGUCAACCAAAACAGGCCUUCAGCCUGGUAAAACUGUUUAUGAAACAAAAAAGCAAUGAUGGCGUAGUAGGAUUGGAUCAAAUAGACAGGUCAGAAUGCUGGCCAUCUAGCUCCGGUGGUGAAAGUGGAGACUCUAUGGGAGAGCCAAAAGAUGACUCCAAAAUGUCAAUGCGUUCUCAAAUGGAAUUGCCAUGUGAUGUAGCGGAAGAGGGUUCAGCAAUUUACGAUGAGAUUCCACCUAGCAACCCGUACAAUAAUAGAGUUUAUGACGAAGUAAUAGAAGAAGAAGACAAUGAUGGCGUUAAAUUAAGCGAUAGCGAAUCCAACCUUUAUGCAACAGUAAACAAACGCCACUCAAAGAGAACUAACGUCAAUAUGGUGAAUAGUCCUUCAAGACUGAGAAGUAAUAAGAAAUCAUAUUCUUCCCAAUCGUCGAACACUAGUGUUAGUAUAUCGAGUUGCUCUGAGUCAGAUGGAACCCAGAUUACAAAAAUGAAUCGAUUAUUGCAAAGAGAGCCUUUUGAUAACAAAUCUACGUCUACUCAUCUCGAGACCACCACUAUUGACAAAAGUAUGCAGACGUCCACGUUACAAAUGUCGAACAUAUCCCAUGAACGUGAAAUAUUCAAGGUAGUGGAACCCUCGUUUCUCGAGAAACUUAAAGAAGGAGACUGCGAGAAACCUGUGUUUAUACUAUACCCUAACUACACGCUUCCCGAUAUAAGUUUUCUGAACGGCAGACCAAAUAUUUACCUGAAUCCUGUAAAAGUAAACGUCUCGCCUAAAUCGAGCGAAAUCAAGAGGAACAGACUGAACGUUAAAGGUAAACGACCAUUUUCUUGCAACGACGUGGAGAUGCUAAAAAAGAAGGGGCUCGGGCACAUAAAAGAUUGGGAUUCACUAAACUUUUUGCUACCCACAGAAUGCAAGCAAAUGCUAUCAGAGUUACCCGAACUGAUGCAAAACGUAAGAGAAAAAGAGUGCGGAACAAAAUGCGAUAAAUACUGUAACGCGACACCUAAAUCCAAGGGCAGGCCUAUGAGCUGCGACUGCAACAACCUGGCCGGCCACAACACCACCGUGUCGUCCAGCUCCAGCACCGCCACGCAGCCCUCGUCCGGCUACCGCGGCUCCUCCACCAUGCUCACCGACUCCUCCGCGCAGCCCAGCCCCGCGCCGCACGGCACCUUCAACCCGCUCUUCGUCUACCGCUACGACAGCGCCACCAGCUCCGAGGCCAGCCACACCGACGGCCACAGGACCAAGCGCUCGCUGUCGGCGGCCGAGCAGGCUCGGCACGCCAAGCAGGGCGAGCACGCCCCUCCGAGACCCCCCCUGCCUAAAAGCAUUUUGCGCAAGUCGAUGGACAAAACGCGUAAAACGAGCACGCCGUCGAAACGUUACAGUAUGUUCGAAAUGGACGAGCUUUUGCAGGACCCCAUUGUUUGUAUGACGGCUGCGACUGAACACAAAACGAAGAGAAGGUCGCUGCAGGAACCUUAUUAUUUACAAAACCAGACCACAGAAUAUAGGAAAAAUAAUGAUUUAGCAGCCAAAAGAUUAUCGCAGCAAUUUCUCGAUGCGGCCGAAAAAGAUGCCGACUAUAAUGAACUUUUCCAAGAUGAAGGUGUCGGUACAGAGAGUAGCCUAGAAUCGGGCAAAUCGAAUGAAUUGAAAUACCACAGGCCUCAUACGCCCCCGAUGCCUAAACCGAGAACAAAGAAAACUGAGUACACGGAGUUCCCUCCACCAGGCGCUCUGAUCAGCAGCGCUGAUCUGCAACAAUUAGAAGAGUUUUUGAAAUUAAGCGGCUUUAAUUGCCAAAAUAUGGAUGAGUGGGACCAAAAUCAGGUCCAAAAGGGUAAAAACUUGGCGGAGAUACCAAUUUGUGAAGAAGCUGAAAUAAGCCCAGAUGAAUUCGGCAGCCCGUUACACCACGAUAGCAGAGGGAAAUACGACUUGAUUGAUUUGUCACAAAAGAGAGCCUUAGUCUCAAAUGUAACGGACGCAGUGGAAAUGUUGAUCCAACACUUCUCCUCGGCCACUGACCAAGCUGAGUUGGCCUUCCUAGGAGACUCUAAACAGUCUCCUGCCUGCGCUAAAAUUGCCCUAAAUGCCCUUUGCCCGGCUUUAUACGCCGUUUUCAGGGACGGCCUGAAGGACAACAUUGAAACCUCCUUUGGAGCCGUAAACAACUCUGUGUGGCAAAUGGUCGAGACUACAGCAAGACAGGGGCCGAUAACAAAAUCCUUGAACGAGUUGGUGUUGAGAAUCAAUAGUGAGGAUGCUGUCACGGAGGGGCUGGUUAAAUUCAACGCCUUCAUUCUGGGACUAUUGAACGCGCAAUCGGUGGACGCGUGGGUAUCAUACGUGCGCACACGAGAGUCGGUGCUGAGCAAAGCGUACAACGCGGACUCACUUCUACUCGCCGGGGUGCAGUCGCCGCGCUGCCGCGCCCUGCUGGAUUCACUGCAGGCCGCGCUGGAGCCGCUGCGGCUGCUGCCCUUCUCGCUCGACCUCAUGUUCGAGAUGCGGGAGUUGCACCGCAGCUUCAAGAAGAUCGAGAGUGACAUGCGCGCUGCUAGUCGGCUGGAGUGCAGUGGCGAAGAAUGGCGGCCAGGCUCGGCCAGCAGCGGACAAAGCGCGGCGGCCAGCGGCCACUCAGGUGGCAAGUUCCGCAAGCUGCAACUCAAGUGGGAGCUGCUCAGCAACGCCGAGAGCCCCUCUUCACCAUCUGGAGAAACAUCCCCCGCAGCGACGCGCGGCUCUAAAAUUCCGCGGCCCGUGUCGUCACCCGUGCGGCCGGCGGCGCCCGCCGUCACCGAGCCCGCCAAGAAUGCCCACAGGGGCAUCCCGGUGCCGGUGCGCAAGGGCACAUCCCCGACGGCGAGCACCGCUGCGCGCACGCCCGCCAGAGCCACCUCCGCCAAGCGGCCGCAGCCCGCCAACAGAACUUUCCCCGAAGCCGUGAAGAGAGUGGUCGCCAAGAACAAGGAAAAGGAAGCUGUUAUUUGCAAACCGGUUGCUAGGAAACCCGCACCGCCGCCGACGUCGCGAGUGGACGGGCUGCACGCGUCGCCGGCGCCGCGGCCCGCCUCGCUGCCGUACGGCCGCGCGCCGCCGCCCGCCGCGCCGCGCCGCGCCGCCUCCUCCUCCGCCGCCCGCCACCACUCCGCCACGACGCACCAGAAACACAAAUACGUGAGAACACUAUGGCACCGGUUACCGUCGGAUUCCGGGCACCUCGCGUUCAACGAGGGCGACCGGCUGCGGCUGAUCCUGGAGGUGGACGCGCAGCACCUGCUGUGCUGCCGCGGCGACCAGAAGGGGCUCGUGCCGCGCGACGCCGUGCUGCUCGACGACUUCUGAUGCCCGCCCUAGCGCUGGCAGCCCGAGUGGCGACCCCUACUCUUCAACCGCCUUUAAACACGCCACAGGCUGCCAGACACCAACUCUCCAAGUGUAAUGAAACAGUGAGCGUUUAGUCAUUUCGAAAUGGAACUCUUCUUUGCAAAGGAUCCCGUGAAGCGAACGUUUUGUGUGAGGUCGAAGGUUGUAAAUAGUGAGGUUUUGUAUUCUAUUAUAUGUACAUUUUAUUUCUAGUUACCUCUCAGCAAUAUCCAUUAUUAUUCGUCACGUAACGAACCCUACGACAUCACUAAAAUUAUAAUUCUCACGUUUAUAAAUUAUUUAGUAAAUUCUAGUCUUACGUUUUAAGGCACGACAUGGUCUUGAACUGUAAAUAAUGUUGUUUAAGGGCACAAUUGGGAAAAUAUUUACGGCAAAAACGGAUAUACAAAAUGCCUACUUAAGUAAGUAGGUUCUUGAUUCAUUAAUUUAUUUCUUUGUAUAAAACAGUUUGCAGUAAAUAUUUUCUUCAAUGUGAUGUGAUAUAGAUGAUUAUUUGUAUUAUAGGGAUUAAUCUCAAAUUAAUUACUAAGUAAACACGUUUGUACGCUAAAUUAUUCCAAAUUUAAUGCCGAGAGAAAGACGCCCAAUAUCGAUCAAAUAUACUUAGGUAAAUAUAAUCGUGAAUUUGAUGUCUAAAGUUACCCGUAUUUGUAUAUCAUUAUAUGAUGUGUAUAAUUCGUAGGGUGUAUAGGUUCUUCGUGUGUGUUAGACCUUAUUGUUUAUUUACAAACUUUGAUUUUAAAGAAGCCUUGUGCAAAUACAACUAACCUUAAAUAUUCUUUUGUGUACACACAUUCCAUACUGUUAACAAUCAUAAUAUCUAAAUAUUUAAUCAAACCAGGUAUGCCCGUUAAUGCGUAUCGCAGAUAGUAAAGGUUCAGUGCUUGGUUGGUUGGGGUGGUAAGAGCGAUGCAUAGAUCUGGGAGUUUCAGACCGUUGUAGACUAGUUAACCUGCCACUGGUACCUAACUGCAUGCGCCUCUCCUCGCACCUUCCUCUGGGUCUACGGUGUCGGGCUUGUCGCGGGAACUACCGCGCUACAAGUACAGGUGUCGGGAGCGUAACCACCCGCAACACUAACUGCACGGCCUCUCCCGCUGUCCCUCCCUCGGCGUCCCCGCACGGUACCAGCGACCGCGCGCGCUCUGCUUCCCCGACGCACGGGCACGACCCGCGCUCUCAGCGAUCAGCUACAACUGCCACUAUUAUAAAUUAGGCUACGGUUUCAAUUUAGUGCCGCUUUUUUGGUCACUGAUAUUGUGAUAUUCCUUACCAUAUCACUGCUUAAGGCGGAAUAAGGGAAAGAGAUAUUUUUGGUACCUUUUUGUAUUGCUCAAGUCUGAAGGAGUAUGGUUAAGAACGGUACGAUUAGUAUUCCUGAUAUACUCUUAAUCUAACUUUAUACUCGUAUAGAUAUUCAAAUAUGUCUGUCGAUAUAAAAUUAAAUGUAAAUAAUGUUUUAGCGAAAUUUUAAAUGUCAAAAUUUGUAACAAAUCUUAAAAAUGCACGAUACAGUUCCUCUCGUAGUCCGUCGUGCUGUCGAGUCGCCGCAUCGGUUACCCUAGGCUAGUGACCGACCGUACUCGACGAUAGCGGGCGCUUUCUCGAAGCCAUAUGAUACGAUAUCGAUACUCGAUGCUCUUGCCGGCUCCGUGGUAACAUAGAGGCUCGUCGACCGACAAAUCUCAUUAAUCUAGGCUGGUCGUAAGUUAACACAAAUUAGAACUGUACCAUAGUUUAAUAUUUAUACAAUAAUUAGAAUAAUAACGACAUCGGUUAAUCGUUAUAGUUGAAUUAGACUGCAACUGUCAUCAGCAUAUUAAAUCACGUUUGUUUGUUCAAGGAUUAGUGUUAGCAUUAAUUCGCGCUUUGUGACUGAAUGAUGUGAUGUGGCCUUUGUAUGUAAUUAAAGUUAAAUAGUAUAUAGUGUGAUGUGUGCGCUUGUUGCAUCGGUCCGAGUACUCAUUAUAUCGUCUACUUACCGAUUGUCGUCGCUGUAUGCUUCCACGAAUGUGUAAAUUAUAAUUAAAUAUGUUAUCGAAAAUCCAAAAUAACCAUUUAAGUAUUAGACAAACAGACAUGCCUUAAGAAAUAAAUAAUUAGUAGCCGGUCGCCGGAUAGCUUCGCCAUAGCUUCCCCGCGCCGCCCGCCGGCGCCGGCGCCGACGCUAGUGGCGCCGCGCGCGCCCGGGCGUAGAGUAAGUUUGUAACACCCGUUUGUAUGUAUGUCGAGUGAUGUCCGAUCGUUUUAUAAAUGACUAUUCCUGCGCGUUCUUUCAUAUUAUAGGCACCGUUAGAGGCGGUGACCCAACUGUCCUCGUCGGUACAAACUGUUAAGUUAUUUACGAUAAUUAAGACUAUUUAUAAUUGCGAUUUAUCGGGAUCAAUAAGUUGAACUUGUGUUAAUAAUUUUAUUUUCUUAAGAAAAGUAAACAAAACUAAAAAGAGGCUUUCGUUUAUUUACGAAGUCUAAACGAACGACUGAGAAAUUAAUUCCGAAUAUAUUAUUAUUAUGUUUAACUCGAAAUCAAUACUGUAUCUGUUAUUAUGUAUUUCAAAAUAAGACAUUUUAAUUGAAAGUAUUUUUAUUUAUGUUAGUGCCAUACAAUUAAUGUAUUAACAGUGGAUAAUUGAUAAAUAUUAUUGUAACCAUAUAAACCAAAUAAACUUAUCUAAAAUA